GUUCUGAUAGCAGUUUGGGGGACAGCAGGGGGUUCUAGAGAAUCUGUCAACACCUAGCGCCCACGGCUCACACCAUGCAGCCACGUAUCUCUCUCACACAUAGAAAACUAGGAACAAAAGCACGCAUACCUACAACAUGAGUCAACAUGUAUGUGACUUCAACGGUAUUUAUACAUAAUGAGGCAAAGUCACUUCCUGUUGGUAGCAUGGUCCAAUAACUUGCUCCAUGUUUUUAAAACCCAUCAUGAGGUCCAAGACUCUGUCAUCAACUCAUCUGCUCUAUUAAGAAUUAGUUGUAGUGAUUGUUAUAGUGGAAACCACAAUACCUGAACAUCCCUGAAGCCUGGCCAGCCCGCACCAUAGUUUGUGAUGUGUUUUAUCACAGCCUCUUAGUCAGCAUCACAGUAAGCACCGCUAUUACACAACAUGCUAUUUUGUCCCAUGAAUCUUUUGCACAGGCAACGUGAAGACGCUCCAGUCGGCCUUUGGUGUGUCUCUGCCUUAAUAGACUAUUGACUCCAGUGACUGUGACAGCUGCUGGCUAGCUAGAUUUUAUGGAGGGCAGGCACGCGUUCACCAAGUGCACUGUUGGUAUUUCUCAUAUUAUCACAGCAGUGUCGUCAUAUGACAUCUCCCACUACCAUUCCUCUACUGCCAGUUUUAGGAAUUCUGUAACACUAUCUCUGGUAUGCGAUAAACACAGUUUUAGCUCACCAUCUCCAAGUUUCAUCACAUAGCGUGUGCUGUAAUGGUGACAUAGCUGUCAAUAACACAGGAGGUCCACCCAUGGAUGUUGGAUUUGGGUGAAAUGUAGUAAACUGCUUUCUAGAAAACCUCAUUUCUGUGAAGAGAUUUUGUUCUACACCUCUAGAAAGAUGUUUGUGUUAUUUCACAGACUUGUGUCUGGCAUUAGAGAUAUGCUUCGCUCAGAUGAUUAAGUGCUGUCAUAAUACAAAAAUUAAUAGUCAAAUAGAUUUAAAAACCAUGUGCGGCAGUAAAUGGAGAUGUUGAGUCCAGUUAACGACUACCUGAAGGCAGGUUGGCAGCUUUAUGCUCCACACAUCACUGGAGUUUAUCACAUUUCAUAGGUGUGGGUGUGUUUGUGUGUGCACUGUGGGGUGUACAAAGACCAAAGCCCGGCUCACUUCUGUUUUUACACACACAAAUCACACACAAACCAGUGCAGCCUUUAGGACAACAGGGUAAACACAGCCCCCCUCGGGCCGGAACCUAAUUGUUAGCCCCUGGAGUGGCUAGUCCGGGGAUUAGCUACUGGCUGGUGAGUACUAUUCACUCCCUCUGUCAUUCCCUCUGCCCACUGGGCCUUAUCACCAUCAAUCUGACACCAUGUUUAUCUGACGCUGCAGCCAGAUCUGCUGGCCUAGGAGAAAUGUUCACAAAGGCCGUGGAUCAUCAGCACUUUGAUUGUGGGACCCCGAAUGGCCAUUACUUUCUCUGGCCCCAGUGAUCCCAGCAGCCCCCAUGCAGUGGUUAGUCCCAGAACCUGGAAAGCCAACCUGAAGGCCUGUCUGUCUGUCAUUUGUGCUCUUCUUCUAUCUCAAACGAAGGCGGUUCCUCAGCCAGAUUUUGUGUGUUGUAUUUGUGUUCCAGUGUACGGCGUCUCCAUGUGCUUUGGUUUGUUGCGACAAACUGUUUUUCUCUGUGUCGGCUGCCUUAUACCCUUCACCAGGAACUUACCACCGAGUGUGUGAUCUGGAGAUUACCACCACGCUUUGAUCACUGUGUCUAUUAAGCUUCACUGUCGUGUGUGUUCGAAGAAGAAGAAAGAAAAAAGAAACAGAUUCAUCAUGGCUUCUUUUAAGUUGGAUUUUCUCCCCGAGAUGAUGGUGGACCAUUGCUCUCUGAAUUCUAGUCCUGUUGGGAAGAAGAUGAAUGGGUCUCUGGACCACCCUGACCAACCAGACGUUGAUGCCAUUAAGAUGUUCGUGGGACAGAUUCCACGGUCCUGGUCCGAGGAGCAGCUUCGGGAGCUGUUUGAGCCUUAUGGAGCAGUCUAUGAGAUAAACGUUCUCCGGGACCGCAGUCAGAAUCCACCACAGAGCAAAGGCUGCUGUUUUAUAACGUACUACUCUCGCAAAUCAGCAUUGGAAGCACAGAACGCGCUGCACAACAUGAAGAUUCUGCCAGGGAUGCACCACCCAAUCCAGAUGAAGCCAGCCGACAGUGAGAAAAACAAUGCAGUGGAGGACAGGAAGCUGUUCAUUGGAAUGAUCUCCAAGAAGUGUAACGAGAACGACAUCCGAAUGAUGUUCUCACCAUACGGACAGAUAGAGGAGUGCCGGAUCCUUCGAGGCCCUGAUGGACUCAGUCGUGGUUGUGCAUUUGUGACAUUUACAGCGAGACAAAUGGCCCAGUCAGCCAUCAAAUCCAUGCACCAGUCCCAAACCAUGGAGGGCUGUUCAUCGCCUAUUGUCGUGAAGUUUGCAGACACUCAGAAGGACAAGGAGCAGAAGCGUAUGGCCCAACAGCUGCAGCAGCAGAUGCAGCAGCUCAGUGCUGCUUCAAUGUGGGGGAAUCUUACUGGGCUGAACAGCCUGGGGCCACAGUACCUAGCACUCUACUUACAGCUGCUGCAGCAGUCAGCCUCAACGGGGAAUGCACUCAGCAACCUGCACCCUGUUUCAGGUCUUAAUGCCAUGCAGAACCUGGCUGCUUUAGCAGCAGCAGCAACUGCCACGCCCACAGGCUCCAGCGCCAUGACAACAUCUAGUAGCCCUCUCAGUGCACUAACAAGCUCAGGCUCCUCCCCCACCUCCAGCAGCAACUCAUCAGUGAACCCGAUGGCUUCUUUGGGGGCCCUACAGUCUCUGGCUGCUAGUGCUGGAGCUGGCCUCAACAUGAGCUCCCUGGCAGGCAUGGCAGCGCUGAACGGCGGCCUCGGCUCCGGAGGCCUGUCUAAUGGAUCAGGAAACACCAUGGAGGCUCUGAGCCAGGCCUACUCGGGCAUCCAGCAGUACGCUGCUGCUGCCCUUCCCAGCCUGUACAACCAGAGCCUGCUGUCUCAGCAGAGCGUCUCAGCCGCAGGCAGCCAAAAGGAAGGUCCAGAAGGUGCCAACUUGUUCAUUUACCACCUGCCCCAGGAGUUUGGAGACCAGGACCUGCUCCAGAUGUUUAUGCCCUUUGGAAAUGUCAUCUCUGCUAAGGUCUUCAUUGACAAACAGACAAACCUCAGCAAGUGUUUUGGCUUCGUGAGCUAUGACAACCCUGUGUCAUCACAGGCAGCCAUCCAGUCGAUGAACGGUUUCCAGAUUGGCAUGAAGAGGCUGAAGGUGCAGCUGAAGCGCUCAAAGAACGACAGCAAGCCUUACUGAAGGUGCUGAGGCGCUGCAGACUUGGUUAGGCAGGGUGGUGUUAUGGUAAGUUGAGUAUGAAUAACCCAGACUGGUCCGCUCAGAAACCUAUCUAUGCCUUACAGGGUGAUGUCUGCUGUGCUGCUUCUUCUGGUCACUAUACCAUGUCCAGGCAACGAGUCACAUGAAGCUACAUGCAGCUACAUGCAGCUACAUGCAAGAGUGUUCAGGCUGGACCGGGUUCUCCCUGUUAUGUUGUGGUUUAUUCACUUUGUUUUCCUUUGAAACCAAUAAGAGGAACAGGUGCAUUUUUAUUUAAGUUGAAAUGUUAUCAGUUUGCUGUGUGCUGUGUACAUAAUACACAUAUGAGUUGAUUGUUAGUAUAUGUUGCACAGUCAGGUCAGAUAGGUGCCAAAUCCAUCUGUUUUUACUUCUUGUUCACCUUCCCCUCCUCCAGCAGCUUAAGCAGAGAGACACAUUGAGUUAGGAAACAGAAACAUGAAUAGGUUUUCUUUUACGUUGUCACAAACCAGAAUGGCUGGUUUUCCCUACAUGUGUUCUAGAUAUCUGUAUUAUCCUUUGAAACAGGUAUUGUAUGUGACGUACACAGAAAUGAGUGGUAAGGUAAGGCACAGAAGCUGAUGUCCAUGAGGAGGAGCCCCACUUCAACAUGCACAUGCCAGUUCUACAUUUGUGUUGUGCUGUGUCUAGAUCAGUGGCGAGUAAACCUGUGGAUACUGUGAACAUCGUGUUCCUGUCGUGUGCUGUUUCCUCUGAGCUAAAGUCCCUGAAGUCAGGUGAAACCUCCGACCCACAAUGGUUGCUCUGUUAACUGUCAUCUUAGCGCUGUGGUCUGACAGGACUGCCACCUGAUUGUGAGCUACAUCUGAAGAUGACACAUUAAUGCACGGUUAUGGUAAAUGGAAUUUACAUCGACACACAUUAAUACACUGAUGGUGGCACCCUGCGCAUGAGGAUCUGCUCCAAAUGCAGAGUUUCAUGUGGCCUCUGGUGGAAGGAGACACAUUUACAUGUGGGUUGUGUUGAAUUCAGACAUUAGCUGGAAUUCAUCUCUGAAAGACAUGGAUGUAAUAUCUCUGUCAAGGCUCAUGGCAUUUAUUGUAUUUUUCUUUAUCAGGAGGUGAAAGCGAUGCAGGUGAAGCUGCAUGUAAAUCUAGUUUUCUGGAGGACUGAACACGGCAUGUUUUAGUGGCGCUCCUCCUGUGCUGUUGCACUCUUAGUGACAGGUCAGAGGUCGGGCCUGUGUUUUGUAAAGAUUCAGCAACAUCCCUCGGUUACUGUGCUACUAGCGAGCAGCUCAUCUGUGGAGGGCUACACCACUGUGUCUCUCCCUGAAGAUCUCCUGUGAUUGGAUCAUUCAUAUGAAUGUCAAACUGCUCAAGGCAACCUGUUAGUUGCCUAGACUUGCAAGACAUGUUUUUUUUUUUAAGUAGGAACCGAGACAAUUGUUGAGAUGUAUAUUUAAACUAUUAUGCCUUUUCUAUUUUUAUAUAGGUUUUAUACUUCCCCUGUGUGUUGGGGAACUAUUUAUUGCCUUAAUUAUUUAUCUGAAUUGAAAUUCUUUUGAAAGACAAAUGUAAAGUCCAACAAUUCCAUUCGAUCUCCUGGUGUGUGUGCUCUCCUUACCUGUUGUGUGUGUUUUCCUUUUGGUGAUGUGUACUUUGUGUCGUUGUGGCAUGGACUGUGUGUAGGAUCCAUCAGUGCUGCUACACACUUCAUAGAACCCCCUCUCUGUCAUACAUGCCUUCAUCCAAAUAAAAUACUCGUUUUCCAAAAACACAGGAAGCAUAAUUUAUUCUAAAAGUGAAGUCUAACAUGUUUCUGUUGCUCCUGUCUUUCUAUGUGCAAAAAUAGUGAUCUUGUGUGUCGUCAACAACGUUUCACCAGGCAAAGUCCUGUAAGUCCUGUGCACAUUAGCUAGAAUCUAGCAGUACUAGAACGUGUUUUAAAAGUCACCAUGUCUUGUGUAAUGUUGUCCCAUUUACUCACUUUGAUGUUAGCACUGGAGCUUUCUUGGUAUAUUGUGCACCAGAGCAUGAAUAUGUAUCAGGGACUCUGAGUCGCAGCUGAUCCAGCUGCUGUCUCUUAAGACCACUGUUUGAUUGGCGCUCUCUCUCGUGGGGAGUUGGCGGUUUAAAAGUAGUGACCUCCAGAAAUCUAAACCUCAGCAAUAGUUGCACAAUGGUUAGCUGUGAUGUUCUGAUGUGAUGAAAAUACAUAAGUACUGGUAUGGUGCUUCAUUUGAAGCAGCAGUAGUAUGGAGCAUUUUACUAUAUACUAUACUUUUUAUACAAUUUUUAAAAAUUGUAUAAUUGAAUUGCCAGUUAACACUGUGUAAGAAGAACAGAUCAGUAUAAGUCAAUAUUCCAGUAGCUCUCCAUCCUCCAUGUGUGACUAACUGUGUUUAGAUUGCAUGCUGGACUGUAGCUGCUGGUCCAGAACUCUGGAGGCCUCCUGUGACCUGCAUGUGGUCACUGAUUCUGUGCAGGCAUUUUAUUUUGGCUGUCUUGUGUGUGUUGUGUUCCUGGUAGCAUGUGGUUAGUCCUCACCGUGUUCAGACUGUAGCGACACCACACACAGCUGCUCAUUCUUGGUUUCUUUUCUCUUUCCUGUCUGUGUUCCUUUGCGGUUUAACCGAGGUUUGUCUCCCUGUUGUGUUUGUCUUUUUGUUUUUUCCAGAUCUCUUCCUGUUUGCCCUAGCAUGUUGAUGUGGCGUCACAGUUCAUCGUCCAGUCCUUGUCUUCUGCGCUUCUCUGACGCUCCCAAUUUCACCAUUGACCUUGUGUUUGGCAUUACUCACCAGGAGGUUUUAGUUCUGUUGUUUCCCAUAUGUCCUCUGUGCUUCAGCAGGGGCACUAGAAGGACUGCCCUGGAACACGUUUGAACGUUACAUUCAAAUGAUCACGAGCAAAGAGAAUCUAUUUUUCUAGAACAGACUCUCAUAACUAAUAGAUUUUUGCUAAAUCAGUUUGACACAAGUCUGAGCUUUAGCUUUGUUUUGUUUGACCUCCUGUGUUGUGGAGCAGUCCUCCCGGGGCCCCCGUCCUCUGGUUCUGUUGGGUUUUUGUGGUGUUGUGUGUGAGUGCUGGUGUGUGUAUCCUAAAUUAGAAACACCCAUCAAGCAAGUUAGUGAUCAUGUGUUGUGAGAUAUUCAUUCAAUGCAAGGCUAGCUACGGGUUCAUCAUUUGAGUGAUGCUAUAAGUAGGUCACAUUUGUCAGUGUAAAAAUCAGUUUGACUUUUCGCCUAUUGACUGACCACUGCAAGCACAUGGUGCUGUUGUGCUCUUUUCUUGUGUGGAGAGUCGGACACAAUCCACAGAGGAGAGACCUUUGUCAUAGGUUAUUUGGUAUGCAUGUUUUUUUGUUUUUUUUACAUAACUGCACUGAAAUUCUUGGCAAAAUGUGAUCUUAUUUGUGUUAAGUUAAAUGAUGAAUAAACUGGUGCCAAAUGUUUUGCACAAUCA